AUGACAAUUGUGAUAUAUUUGGUUCUGUUGGAGUUUCAGAUGAAUAUGUUACAUGUAAAUUGUGUUUGUGUAUUAAAGGCCUGUUUCAAAAAAAUCAACGACGAUUUAACUCAUAUGUAUACACGUAUGAUAAACGAUGAAAAAUUACCUGUUUCCAAUUUAAUUUGCCACAUGCCGAGAAAUCAAUUUUUUUUGGCAGAACUCAAAUCUUUGAUGAAACAAUAUUUGAUAUUAACCGAAACAGUACAAAUGCUAAACAUAAUCUUCAGCCUGCAACUUCUUGCUAUUGUAAUCUUGUCCUUCAUUGAAAUUACUGUUGAACUGUAUUUUUAUCUAGUGCGCUGGCAAGGUGAGGUACUUAUUACUUUUGACAAGCACCUUCUUGAUGCGUUCUUGACAUCUAUGGUGCAUUAUAUUAUAAAAGUAACGUUUAUUGUCUGGGCUUGCGAGACUGGCAAGAAUGAAGCCCAAAAGAUCAGUUCUACUAUUUACGAUGUACGUAACAGCAUAAGAGAUAAACAAAUAAAAAACGAGAUGGUGGGUGGUAUCACAACAUACAUUUUAAUUUUGAUACAAUUUCUGAUCACGACACAUUCUUGCGAUGAAAAUCUGUAA